UGAUUAAAAGUAAAUAAAUAUUUUUAAAUAUUUUAAUAUAGAAAAAAGCUCUAUAAUUGAUGCUUGUAUAGCUUAACAAUAAUGAACGCGGAGAUAUUAAUAACUGAUGCUUGUUUUUGUUUACCGUAUCGAGGGGCAUUACAAGAUGGCCGCCGCGCACAUGUAAAAUGUAAACAUGGACAGAAAACCUGGACAUUUGACUAAGAAUGCCCAAGAUGCUGUGAAUUCUUUGAUGUGGAUAAAGGUUGUGGGAAUUGGCAAUGGAUGUGUUGGGAAAACCUGUCUGAUCAAACACUUCUGUGAAAGCAAAUUUAGUGGAGGAUAUCAGCCCACCGUUGGUGUAGAUUAUGGUUUCAAGAUUCAGCAUGUGGAGGGAAUUGAUUUGAGAGUGCAUCUCUGGGACCUAUCUGGAAGCCCAGAAUACAUCGAUGUCAGAAAUGAACUUUACAUCAACACCGACGCCAUUUUCCUGGUUUUUGACGUCACCAACUUGUCUACAUUUGAGAACAUGGAGAAUUGGUUAAAGGAAGUCCAGAAAUAUUCAUCUGGCAAUCCAGAUCUUAUUGUGGUCGCCAACAAGAUUGACCUUAAAGCCAAGAGAGUAGUAAAAUCAGAGGACUCGAAAAAAUGGGCACAGCAAAACAACGCAAAGUAUUACGAAACAUCGGCAGCAACCGGGGAGGGUGUAGACAGAUUGUUCCACGACAUCCUGACUGGACUGAUUGAACGAAAGAAACUAUGGAAGGUCAAAUCAGCCAAUCCCAGCAUUUGAUCAAAAAUCCCGUGUAUUACAAAGAAAGAAUGUGUUUCAUUGGAGAGGAUAAUUGUUCCUGGUGAUUCAGCCAUUGGGAACUAGGAACAAGUGUGCCUUUGUCUUGUAGAAAUUUGUCACGUGGUAUCGGUGCUUCGUGUAUAUGGAGUGUUUGUUUGAUAAUCGCGAUUACAAUAUUGUAUUGUGCAUGUACAAUUCCAAACAAUGUGAAAUAUAAGAACUCAAUGAAAACAAUGUAAUUGAUGUGUUCAAUGUGUUUGUUUUACUAACAAUUUUUUGCUUGCCAUUUAUACAUUUGUGUAAAUAAGAUAAUAUCUUUCGAAAGCAUGUAUUUCAAAUGCAUACCC